AUGAGCAACAAGGUUCAUACCUGGCGCGAGCAUUCGGGGCUGUUCAUUGCUUGUGGUAUUGUGAUUCUUAGUCCUUUCCAGUAUGGAUUUGACUUUGGUAUGAUUGGUGGGUUGCAGGCUAUGAAAGGCUUUCUUCAGGUCUUUGGAUAUCAGACAAAUAAGACAGUGACAGGAUGGAACAUCACCACCGAGAGACAACAGCUCAUUUCGUCCCUCAUGACACUUGGUGCUUUCAUCAGUUCCGCCACCGCUGGUAUUCCCUCUACGCGUCUGGGUCGCCGGAUGUGUCUCGUCAUGGCAUGCGUAACGUGCUUCAUCGCCAACAUCAUCAUGAUGACCACAGAAAACAUCGGUGCUCUGUACGCCGGCCGUCUGAUCAUCGGUCUUGCAAACGGGUACUUUAUGACUUUUGCCCAACUCUACCUGCAAGAAACCAGUACCGCUGAACUCCGCGGCCUCUUCCUCACCGCAUUCAACUUCUUCGUCUCGUUUGGCACCCUCAUCGGCACAAUCGUAGACUGGGCCACGGCAAAGCGCCCCGACAAGUCCGCAUACCUGAUCCCACUAGGUCUCAUCUACAUCUUCCCCUUUAUCAUCAUUUGCACCAUCUGGUUCAUCCCCGAAUCCCCGCGCUGGCUCAUCCUCCGCGGCCGCUUCGACGAGGCCGUCAAGGCCCUCGAAUGGCUGCGCCCAAAAGGCCACGACUCCCACGCCGAAGCAUCCACCAUCCAAGCCGCCCUCGACCAAGAAAGAGAACUCAGCUCCGGCGUAGGCUGGCUGGACAUGUUCUCCAACCCCGUCGACCGACGCCGCACCACCCUCGCCGUCUGCGCCGUCCUCCUCCAAGCCGCAUCAGGCUCCAUGUUCAUCAUCGCCUUCAAAGCCUACUUUUUACAAAUGGCCAAAGUGUCCGACCCCUUCGCCAUGUCAAACGUCCUCUCCGCCAUCAGCAUCCUCGCCUUCAUCGCAAAUUCCCUCAUCGUCGUCCGCUACGGCAACCGCCGCGUCCUCCUCAUGACCGGCCUCCUCGUCUGCGGCUUCCUCCAACUCAUCAUCGCAGUCGUCUACCACAAAGCCCCAAACGCAAAAUCCACAGGCAAAGUCACCGUCGGCCUCACCGCAAUCUACAUGUUCUCCUACAACGGCAUGAUUAGUACUUAUGCCUGGCUCGCCGGCGGCGAACUCCCCACCCAGCGUCUCCGCAGCCACACCUUUGGUCUCGCCGCCUCGGCUGGCUUCGUAGGCGCUUGGCUGACCACUUUUACGGCACCCUACUUUAUCAACCCCAUGGCUAUGAAUUGGGGGCCCCGAUAUGGUUUCAUUUGGUUCCCCUCGUGCGUUAUUGCCGCUACCUGGGUCUUCUUCUUCCUCCCCGAGGCCAAGAACAGGACGCUCGAGGAAAUCGACGAGAUGUUCAAUGCUGGGCUUUCGGCGCGCAAUUUUGGAAAGUACAAGUGUGUUGGGGUUGGAGCGGUGGAUGCAGAGGCUAGGAAGAGCGUUGAGCAUGAGAAGGAGGUUAAUGUGCUUAUGAAUGAAAAGGUCGCUGCUGAGACUGCUGUUUCGAGGGAUUGA